GCAAUCUACAAAACCUCAUAGCACUAAGAGAUGAGUUCAUCAUGGGAUACAAGAUGAACACACAAAAAUCAUCUUCCAGUCCAGUGCAGCCUUCCAAUGAGUAGAGCCUGGUAAAUAUCUUGACCACAACUUUGUGAAAAGACACUCUGAGUCACAACCACCUAGAUAAGCCACUCUCAGAUUUGUGACUCUCAGCAAGUGUGAGAUAAUAUUAAGUGUUUUCAGCCACGAAGUUCUGGGGGAAUUUGUUGUACCACCAUAGAUAUUACAUCUUGUUGGACCACAGUUGCCUAGGGCCAUGUCUGCAGCCAAUGCAGUGUUUCAUCAUUCACUCAGUUUGAAUUAGGACAGACCCACCUCCCCACCACCUGUCAAGGACCAUCCCUCAUCUCUGCACCUUGAAGAGGCUCCCGGUCACCAUGUGAACCCAAAAGGGACACCAGCAGUCAGUGCUUUGGCAGACCACCCUCUUGUGACACAAUGGCUCCUCUUGCCACUGGGUAGAGAGGAGAAGCCCAGUCUCAGCUUCACAUGUCCCCAACGUCCCAUCAGCUCCUUCAAUCUCUGGACCUUCUUGUCUGUUGUCAGUCCUCUGCCCUGCGAGUUACAGUAGAAUGGCCAUUCCAAAGAAGAAAGAGUCAAAGUGAGGUGCACAUGGGGUUGAUGAUGGCUGUUCCAUGUCCACGUCUUGAGAACAGGGAAACAUACUGGAGGGAAGCAAGCCUGGGGGAUUAAUAUCCUGGUCGUGAACCCAGAGCCAAACGGAACUUGUGAAAUAUCUGAGGUCACAGUUCCAACUUGUGUGGCCAGAGGAGAGCAGGGGUCCCAUGGAGGCUGUGGGUGCUUUGAACUGUAGGCCAGGGGUGGGGGCCCUAACAGCACUGUGGUCACCACUAAUGCCUGAGAGAAUGGGCUGCUGGGGGCUCCACCCCGGACAUGGUCCAUUCUGACUACGAGGAAGUGACAUGUCACAGGGGUGAGGAAAUCUCACUGAGGAAGAAAUGCUCUAGUGUUGCUCCAUUAUGUGGGGCGAGUGUGGUCAGUGAGAGGAGCAGAUGUUGGCUGUGGAAGGGGAUGGCAAUCCCAAUCUAGACCUGGACCAGUAGCCGUCCUGUCAUCUGGAUUGAAUGGAUUCGAGCACCAGGUCCAGGACUCUGCCUCAGCCCUUGGUGCUGCUGUCCCACAGCUUCCUGCACCCCAACCUCCUUGAGUCAGCGUGGAAGAAGAUUGUGAGACCAAACGCAGGCAGGACGAGGAAGCAAAGAGGUCUCAGAAAGCAGAAGUGGGCCCUGGAGACUGGACCCUUCGUGAGAAGGCUUGAAAUUAUCUCCCAUCAGGAGCCUGGCAUUGCUGUGGGUGACAUCUGUGUUGCAGACAUGACCCCAGGGGAUGGGAGGCCGUGGCUGCCUGCAGCGCUGCUCCUUCUGCAGGUCCCAGGAAAAGCCAGUCCUGCCAAGGUCUCCUCCAGACCCCAAGGGCCCUUCAUGGACACCAGGAUCACCAUGACCCCAGAUCCCCUUGACCCAGGCCCAUCUGUGACCUUGGAGAACCUCACAGAAGGUGAUGGAGGAACAUACCGGUGUGGGAUUGAUACAUCAUGGCUCUCAGAAUAUUUGCUCGACCUCACCUUCCGAGUUGUGUUGUCUGUGACCCCAGGUGCUGAUAGUGUCCCUGGGCCUCUGACAGGCCUGGGCUGGCCUCAGGGGCCCUGCACGAGGAGCUGCUCGAAGGUGAAAGUGUUGGGCACUUGUGCGCAGUCCUACUCUGAGUUCCCAUCAACAAUGGUGUGUUCUGAGAGUUCCCGCUCUUUGUCUCUGAGUGGCCCCAGCACUGUGAUGGGCACCGUGGGGGGAUCCCUGAGUGUGCAGUGUCAGUACGAGGAGAAGUACAAGACAUUUACCAAAUACUGGUGCCGGCAACCAUGCUUGCCACCUUGGAACCAGACGGUGGCCACCGGAAGGUCUGAGGAAAAGAUGAGGAGUGGCCGCGUGUCCAUUGUGGACCAUGCUGAAGACCUCACCUUCACAGUGACCUUGGAGAACCUCACUGCAGAUGAUGCAGGAAAAUACAGGUGUGGGAUCGCAACAAUACUGCAUGAAGAAGGACUCCAUGGUUUCCUGCCUGACCUCUUCUUCCAGGUUCAAGUGUUUGUUUCCCCCAGGUCCCAGGUUGUCAGCAUCCACUUCCUGCUUCUCAUACUCCUGAAGGUGCCCCUGUUUCUGAUGAUGCUCAGUGUCAUCCUCUGGGUCAACAGAUCUCAAUGGGCAAUUUGUGGGACACAGAGUCGGCCUGAUGAAGACAACAUGCAGCCCUCCUUGUCCAUCAACAUCCUGUCCAGAGACACUGCCACUCACACUAGAAGAGGAAGGACUUCCGGCCCCAAGCCUUCUAUCUCUUCCCACCUUGUUCCCCAAAAGUGGUAAAUUUAAGAAAAGCUUGUGAAAACGCAAUAAAACAUGCCACAUGCGCAUACACACAAUUGUGUGUAUAACGUA